CUCUCUCUCUCUCUCUCUCUCUCUCUCUCUCUCUCUCUUCCGGAGCCGAGUCCCGCGCAGAGCCAGCCAAGGACGGGCGGCCCUCUCCUCUCCUCUCCUCUCCUCGGGCUCCGCUUCGCCUCCUCCUCCUCCUCCUUCGCCCAGACCAGGAGGACCGCUGCCGCUGCCGCCCCGAGCAUCCCUGCCUGGCCGGGCGAAGGAAGGCAGGCAGCCAGGCAGCCAGGCUCGCUGCUCGGGCCGAGCACCAUCAUCAUCAUCAUCAUGUCGGAGAUCCUGCCCUACAACGAGGACAAGGUGGCCCACUAUGCUCCGGAGGGCGAGGUGGGCGAGCUGCCCUUCAGCUGCCGCCUGCAGGACACCAGCGCCUGGGCCGCCCAGGCCAAGAGGCCCCCCAAACUCGGACAGAUCGGACGCGCCAAGAGAGUGGUGAUCGAGGACGACCGAAUAGAUGAGGUCCUGAAGGGGAUGACGGAGAAGUCUCCCUCGGGGGUAUAAGUCCCCCAAGAGGAGGAGGAAGAGGAGGAAGAGAAGGAGGAGAGGAGGAGGAGGAGGAAGAAGAAGCGCCAGCAGAGACCCAGCUGCAGGCUGCAAAUGUCCCUGAAUAACAAAAUCAAUACUCCUAAUAAUUUUUAGCACUUUUGGCUGCGCAUGUUUGUUGGGAUUGCGGACCAAGAGGAAGAUGAGGAGGAAGAGGAAGAAGGCAAGCGAGUCGAUGGACAGAUGGCAGGAGAGGAGGAUGGCAGGAGAGGAGGCUGCUGGCAAGGACCCCCUCCAUCCACCCCUAACCGAAGACCCCCAAAAGACCCAUCGAGGGACCACUGAUAGGGGGCACCAUCUCACCCAGCAAAUGGGGGCUGGGGGCACCCAAAGACUUUGACACCCAACUCGGCCCUGACUCCUUGGCAGCUUUUUCGGAGGAGCUGUCCGUUUCAGCACCACCCAGAAGCCUUGGCUGCAGGGCUACCUUCCAGCAGGCCCCCCUUUUUGGCCAGGAUCAGGUGCACACACACACACACACACACCCCUUCCCCCGCCCUCCUUGGCCCUUGACCCCCCCCUGGCCCCCCCCCCCCAGACCCCAUGCCACGGUACCAAGGUGCUGUCCCUCUCCUCCGAAGAGCUCUGAGCCAUGGCAUCAUCGCCUGGCCCUCGCCAUUUCAUUCACUGGUCCUUAUGUUUAAGAGGGAGGGAGGGAGAGGGGUCUCCUUUAGCAAUGCACUUUACACCUUUCACCUUUCCUUUUUGUAAAGAAAUGUAAGCCGAGGGGGUGGCUGUGUAGCUCUGACAACUGGCCCAGACGCAAGACAACCACGCGCUGCUUCUCUAGAUGUACAACUAUACCUUGUGUUUGCAGUCCUUGCUUACGUAUUUUCCAAGGGAGAGCCGGUCCAUCAAGACCCGCCGGCGCCUGACCCCUCGGCCCACCCAUUAAAAACCCAACCAGUUUGCAAAAUACCAGCAGUUUUGGAAGCCAACCCAAAGCCAGCAGUGGAAGGAAGACGGAGAGGUUCGGACCGCGGACGGACUAUAUAACAUUAAAAAGGCAGUGAUUGGUUUUGCUGUCGAGAGACAUUUUCGCUCCAUCUUUUUUGCAUGAGCUUCCUGGUCUUGGUGCCACGUCUUGGUGCCACUAGUCAUCCCACUAUGGCACGCUUCUUUUUAACAGAAACUCCUCAUAUUUGUAUUUUUAUAUCUGAAUAUUUGUUAACAACAAUCUGCUAAUGUCUAAUGUAAAAAAAAGCAAAAAGCAAAAGCGUUGCAUCAAAAGAGGGUUGUAUUUUUUUCCUCCCAUGAAAGAAAGACGGAGAACGGUUUUUCUAAGACAGAGUUCCCGCUGGAAGGCAGAUGCGUUGGAAACGGUUGGCUCUCUCCAUUAUAUAUCAGUAUUGGACAGGACUUCUUGAAUGUGUUUCAGGUUUUGCACACUAUCAUCGUUAACAAGACAUGUAUUUGGAAAAGUCUUCUACUACUGUGAUCUAUGGCUUUGUCGAUGGACUUCGUAGGUACAUGCCGAACUUAGAAGAAGAAGAAACCUAUUGCACUGUUGAUGAAUGUGUUCAGAUAACUUGCUGGUUAUUUGAUGCCUCUUUCUUAGGAGGCCAUGUUCAGAGUUGUUUUUAAUUUUGUACUUAUAAUUUAAUUUAUUUUUUUUAAAAGAGGCUUAUUCUUGUCUGUUGUGCAUGAGAUAAAACCAUUAUCUUUUCAAUGAUAUACAAUGACAUUUUAUGAAGACAAGCAAAAAAUAGAAGAAGAAGUUAUUGUCAUGACAUUCUAAGAAUGACCCAUUGUAAAUUUUAAUGCCAUUUUUCACUGUACUGGUGAACAAAACUCAAUGAAUAAAUACAUACAUAUAUUGAAAUGGAAGCAGCCAA